CUUCUAUGUUUACACACAAGACGUUACAGCAGCCAUCUUGGUUUGUUUGAAAAUCGCGUGGUUUAAAAUGGACGAAUUUGAGAAUAAAUCUGCGGGGAAUUAUAGUCGCCAAGAACAGAAAGGUUUCACCUCACCGAAUAUGGGAGAUAAUUACGCCGGUGUCUUCAUUACCAACGCCCGCUCAGUAAGCACUUUAUGCAUUCGAAACAUGAUGAGUUCUUAUGGAACUGUUAUGCGUAUCAUGGAGGCUCGUUUGGAAUUCGACGUUUUUAAUUAUUUAGUGAUAUAUGAGACUGCCGAGGAAGCUGAAAAUGCUAUGGUUGGUGUCACAAUAAAUCGACCUGCCUUUGCGUUGAACUUUGAAUUCGAACUUAUGCCACAUUCGAAAUUAAUCGAUCAUCAUAAUAUUUUUAAUUAUCCUAAUAUAUGUGGCCUCAAAGUAACUGAUUACUAUUAAGAAUUACUUGUAAUAAUUUUUUGUGUUAUGCAACCCAAAUGUCAAAAUCAUUAAUCCAUAAUUCUUUUCUAAUUGUAAGUUAAUAUACACAACGAAAUCCAUUUU